ACUAAUAACACACUUAGUUUCCUAAAGUUAUCCCACAAGCAGCUUUCAUUAUAUUAUAGAUUUCACACGCACAAACAAGAAUUACACUAUGGCAUUCUUGGCAGAAAACCAAACCCUUUUGUCAAAGAUUGCAACAAGUGAGCAACAUGGAGAGAAUUCACCUUACUUUGAUGGGUGGAAAGCUUAUGAUCAAGACCCAUUUCAUCUUACAGAAAACCCUAAUGGUGUUAUUCAAAUGGGUUUAGCAGAAAACCAGCUUUCAUUGGAUUUAAUUGAAAACUGGGUUGCAAAGAACCCAAAAUCAUCUAUUUGUACCAAGGAUGGAGUCAGCCAGUUUAAAGAUAUUGCAAACUUUCAAGACUAUCAUGGCUUAUACGAAUUUCGAAAGGCAAUUGCAAACUUUAUGGGGAAAGUAAGAGGAAAUAAGGUUGCAUUUGACCCCGAUCGGAUUGUGAUGGGUGGUGGAGCCACCGGAGCAAGUGAAUCUUUAAUGUUUUGCUUGGCAGAUCCUGGUGAUGGAUUUCUUGUGCCGACUCCAUAUUAUCCUGCAUUUGAUAGAGACCUAAGAUGGAGAACUGGAGUGCAACUAGCUCCAAUAAUCUGCAAAAGUUCAAAUGAUUUCAAGAUUACUCAAAAAGCACUUGAAUCCACUUAUGAAAAUGCAAUUGCAUCCAACAUAAGAGUCAAAGGCUUGAUCAUUGCAAAUCCUUCAAAUCCUCUGGGCACAACUAUGGAUAAAGAAACACUACAAACCCUAAUGAGAUUCAUCAAUGAAAAAAACAUUCAUCUUGUCUGUGAUGAAAUUUAUGCAGCAACUAUCUUUAACACACCCGAAUUUGUCUCCAUUUCUGAGGUCUUACAAGAAAUGGAACAAGAUCCAACUAACCGGGUAAACCGCGAGCUUGUUCACAUUAUAUAUAGCUUGUCAAAGGAUAUGGGGCUCCCAGGGUUUCGUGUCGGCAUUCUGUAUUCAUACAACGAUCAUGUUGUGAGUUGUGCUAGAAAAAUGUCGAGUUUCGGAUUAAUUUCCUCACAAACUCAACUUUUUCUAGCUUCAAUCCUUUCGGAUGAAGAGUUUAUUGACGGUUUUCUAAGUGAAAGUUCGAAGAGGUUAGCCAAACGUCAUCUAACUUUCACUCAAGGGCUUGAAAAAGAGGGGAUUACUUGCUUAGCAAGUAAUGCCGGCCUCUUUGUCUGGAUGGAUUUACGUACGCUUUUAAAGAAGCCUACGUUUGAUGAAGAAAUGGAGCUAUGGAGAUUGAUUAUCACCGAUGUUAAACUCAAUGUGUCCCCUGGUUCCUCAUUCCACUGCGAUGAGCCCGGGUGGUUUAGAGUUUGCUUCGCCAACAUGGAUGAUCAAACGGUUGAGAUCGCAUUGAAAAGGAUACAUGUUUUUGUUAACAAGGGGAGAAAGCAUGACAGGACAACAAUGAACAAUAAAAAAAGGAAGUCAUUUCAAAAGAAUCUUCGACUUAGCUUUUCGUCACGCUUAUAUGAUGAAGCCGCUAUGAUGUCCCCUCGAACUAUUAUGUCUCCUCAUUCGCCAUUCGCACUAUCACCACUGGUUCAAGCAAGAACUUGAUCUAGAUAUGCUAACAGCUUAAAGACUCGUAUGAACGUGAAUAAACUGGAUGAUUAACUUCUGUGGAUCGUCGGUAUAUGGUAUUUUAUUGUGAUAUGUUGUUAUUAAUCUUAUGUUGUUGUGUGUUUGAAAACUAAGUAUGACAUGCUUGUUAAUCAAUAGUGUGUAACAAUCGAUGAAGUUUUUUUCAACAUACAUGUUGUAUGUUGAUAAUAUUUGGUGAUAUGAUCAUGUAACUGAUCUGUUUUUUUUAUA